AUAACCUAUUUCGAUCAUUACAAACCUCCGGAAAAACUCUUCACCGUUUUCAAAAGCUUCAAGUGUUUUCGUUUCAACUUGCACUCACUCACAUUCAUUUUCCCGGGAAACUUUCUGUUUGUUUCUCGAGAAAAAAAGGGUUUUUUAGUCCAACUCGAUCGCAAUUUCUGUCCUACCGAAUCCCAACACAGUUGCAACAACUUAUGAGCACGAGAUCCCUAAAUUCAAUACAGGGAUUUCGUGUAUAUGGAUCAUAUUAUCAAGUUCUUCAUAUUGCUGAUUCUCGUUGGAUUAGUGAAUGCUUGUUUUGCUGAAAAUGAUUUUGGACACUGUGAAAGAAUUGUGAAGAGUUGGGCGGAUUCCUCGCUUGAGAGAGAAAUUACACAAAAAGAUAAACAUACGCUUAGGGAUUUGUUGUUUUUCUUGCAUGUUCCUAGAACGGGAGGACGCACUUAUUUUCACUGCUUUUUGAGAAAAUUGUAUCCUAAUAAUCUGGAAUGUCCUCGAUCUUAUGAUAAGUUGCGCUUUGAUCCAAGUAAACAAAAAUGUAGACUGUUAGUUACACAUGAUGACUAUAGCAUGACAUCUAAACUUCCAAAGGAGAGAACUUCUGUGGUUACCAUACUUAGGAAUCCGAUUGACCGUGUCUUUAGUACUUAUGAAUUUUCCAUAGAGGUUGCAGCUAGAUUUUUGGUACAUCCAAACUUGACAUCUGCAACACAGAUGGCUUUACGCCUGCGCUCUAAGAAUAAAGGAAUAAGCACACUGGAUAUCUGGCCGUGGAAGUAUCUGGUUCCAUGGAUGAGAGAAGACCUCUUUUCUAGGAGAGGUGCUAGGUAUAGUAAGGGAGUGAAUACCAUUGAGGGCGAUGAUCCUUAUGAUAUUGAAGAUUUUGCAAUGCCGUUACAAGAAUUCAUCAAUCACCCUGUGGCUGGGGAUAUUGUACAUAAUGGAGCCACAUUUCAGGUUGCAGGCUUGACAAACAAUUCUUAUAUAGCAGAAGCGCAUGAAGUGCGCCAUUGUGUACAGGAAUAUAAGGUUCUUGGGAAAUAUGUGCUACAAGUUGCAAAGAAGAGACUAGACAAUAUGUUAUAUGUUGGUCUUACUGAGGAGCACAGAGAAUCUGCGACAAUGUUUGCAAAUGUGGUUGGCUCUCAGGUUAUAUCACAGCUUAAUGCACCAAACAGCAGCCUGGACUUUACUGACAACACAGAACAGAGUUCAUUUUCAGAUGCCGAUCCUGAUAGCAGUGAACAUCAGAAUAGCACCUCAGACAGGGGAGCAAGUGCGGCUACUUCAAGUAAAACCGGAGAAGCAGCAGAAUCAACUAUGACUGUUGGGAAACUCAUGCGUUCUUAUGAAGUCUGCAUUUCUAAUUUACGGAAGUCCCAGUCACGCCGACGCAUCGCCUCUUUGAAGAGGGUUCCAGUUAACUUUACAAAGGAGGCACAGCUUCAAGUUCCUGAAGAGGUUCUUGAGCAGCUGCGGUCUCUUAACGAUCUUGACUUUGAGCUCUAUGAAUAUGCAAGAGCCAUUUUCAAUAAGCAACAUAAAACCUCAUUGCUGAUUACUGAGGAGAGACGGGACAACAUAUCAAGUAGUUCAUACAGCAUCAUCCUCUGGAAGGGCCUUACAUUAGCGAUAACUUUCUCCUUCAUCCUUUUCUUAUUCUUACUAAUUGUAAAUGUGAGAAGGAGAACGUUCAAGGUUAAGAAGUAAAGUAAUUGAAUCAUAAUUUGUGGGAUGAAACACGCUUACACAGAUUUUAGAGAACAAAUAUAUUUAGACAGAAUUCCAUUGAACUUUGGUUUGAGUGAUCCCUAUUCUCAUCCUCUUAUAACUUAUCAUACUGAUUUUGUUCAAUGUUCUGUCCUAUGAUGGGUAGCUUAGUUUUUCAGUUCUGUAACUGUUAGGCAUUUUCUUUUUAUUUUCAUUUUUGUAGCAAAUUCUUCCUUUCAUUAUCUACGAUCAGCUGGUCAAAGAGUUAGCAAGUGAA